AUGGCUACCGAAGAUGAUAACUUCGAUAUUGACAUCUAUGGAGAUGGCGGUGGCUACAAUGCCAAUGAGCAGGGCCCCGAGGAUGAGAUGAAACAUGAUGACACAGAACUUAUCCUAGAUGCGCCGGAACCCACACAACAACAACAGCAGAAUGGGAACCCCAACCACCAAGGCGACGGCUCCUCCGACGGCACCGUCAAGCCCGACAGUGAAGGCGGCGCUCCCCAUAGUGACCCUGUAACCCAGGCGGGCUCCGCCAACCCACGAUCCGCGGCCAAGGAGACUCCCACCCCCCAGCAGGGAACCAAGCGCAAGGAGCACGAUGAUCGCCCGACAGACCCUGAUGCUACCCCUGCUCUGCUCAUAUCGGACUUGUAUUGGUGGACCACGGACGACGACAUCCGCGGCUGGGUGUGCCAGGCCGAGUGCGAGGAUGAACUGAAGGACGUAACGUUCAGCGAACACAAAGUGAACGGUAAAAGCAAAGGACAAGCGUUCCUCGAAUUUACCACCCUCCAAGCAGCCACCGCAACGAAACACAAGAUCGAGUCAUUCAGCGCCGGCGGACAAACGCGCAAGCACAUGGUCACCUACACCAGUCCGCAACCGAACCCGUUCCGCACGCUGCCCAAGGAUGCGCCUAUGCGCAAGGACAACCAGGCGCGCUCGAUGUCCGGCGGCUUCAACUCGCCCAACCCGAACAUGAACUUUGGCGGAGGCAUGAACAACAUGGGCGGCGGCGGCGGCGGUUAUCGCGGCGGACGCGGUGGAUACAACAACCGGGGCGGCAUGUCCGGCGGCAUGGGUGGUGGGAACUUUGGCGGCAACCGGAACUUCCAGAACCCCAUGGGUGGCUUCCAAGGGCCGAUGGUGGGCGGAGGCUUCCAGGGUAAUCCCAUGGGGAUGCAGAACUACGGUGGCUUCAAUAACCGCGGGGGGAUGAUGGGCGGUAUGCGCGGUGGCCCUGGCGGCAUGCGCGGUCGUGGUGGUGGCAUGGCAGGACCCAAUAUGAUGGGAAUGCCGGGGAUGAACCCGAUGGGAGGCAUGGGGAUGAAUGCGAUGCCCGGGGCGAUGAAUCCGAUGAUGGGAGGAAUGGCGGGUAAUAUGGGGAUGCAGGGACAAGGUGGAUUCCAGGGCCCCAACCCAGCUUUUAACCAGGGCUUCUUCCCUCCUAAUCAGGGCGUCGGCGAUGGAUCAUGGAACCCUCAUGGGGCCAAGCGCAGUCGCCAGGAGUGA